UGGAAAAGUUUCUACAUGAGAAGAACAAGUCAAAUAGCGCCUGUGACUCUUAGGCAUAGCCUACACCACCAAGCAAAAUCUCUAUCCUAUCACUCUCAAUGGGAUCUGCCAUCCAGGCUUAGCAAGUACAGUGAUACUCUGUGGGAUAUUGCUAAAGCUGAAGUGGAAAAGAAAGAAAAUCUUGAAAGCGAUGGAGAUGGAGUGGAAGUUUGGGAAAAAUCACUACUUUUUAUGGGAAACAAAAAUGGGGGAAAAACUACUAUUAUACUGAGGUGUCUUGACAGAGAUGAAAUUUCAAAACCAACAUUAGCCUUGGAAUAUACUUUUGGAAGAAGAGCAAAAGGUCAUAACAGACCAAAAGACAUUGCACAUUUUUGGGAACUAGGUGGUGGAACCUCAUUAUUGGACUUGAUUCGAAUACCAAUAACCACUGAUAACAUAAGGGCUUUUGCUAUAAUUCUUGUUUUGGACCUUUCCAAACCUAAUGAACUUUGGCCAACAAUGGACAGUCUCUUACGUGUUACCAGAAACCAUGUGGAUAAAAUUAUAACUAAAUUGGGAAAGACAAAUCCUAAAGUAGCUACUGAAAUUAAACAGAAGAUGUGGAACAAUAUGUCAAAGGAUCACCCAGAUCAUGAAUUAAUUGACCCUUUUCCAAUCCCUUUGGUGAUGAUUGGAAGCAAAUAUGAUCUUUUUCAUGAGUUUGACCCUGAGAUGAGGAAAAUAAUGUGCAAGACACUUAGAUUCAUUUCACAUUAUUACGGAGCAUCACUAGUGUUUACCAGCAAAUCUGAAGCCCUUCUGCUGAAAGCCCGCGUUCUUAUUAAUCAUUUGGCAUUUGGCUUUGACAGAAGCAAAUCUAUAUCAGUGGAUCAGAAUAAACCAUUGUUUAUCCCAGCAGGAUUGGAUUCUCUAAAUCAAAUAGGACCACCACCUGCUUCUGACAGUGAUAUUGGAAAACUACAUGCACAUACACCUGUGGAUUUGUGGAAAAAAAUAUUCAACAAAACAUUUCCACCUAAGAGUACUAAUGACUUAAAAGAUGUCAGUGACCCUGCCCAGGAUCCACAGUAUGCUGAGUAUGAAGUUGAUGCAAUGAGAGCUCAAAAGAACCAGGAACUAGAACAGUAUAAGAGAAAUUCCUCUAAAUCCUGGAAAGAAAUGGACUUUGAAUCUUGAUGGAGAUAAGUGGUUAGCUCUCACACUAAUUUUAAUUGUAUGUUUUGUAUAUCAAUUUUAAUUCUGUAUUUUGUAUAUAGAUUUUAAUUAUAUAUUUUGUAUAUAUUAAGGUAAAUCAUAAUUUUGAGUAUUAUACAAAGUAAUUGAAACUGGUGUUUUGUACAACUGGAAAAAUAUGUAACUAGAUUAAUAAUAUAGCAUGAAUAAAGAGUUUAUAUAGUAUGAUUGCAUCUAUUAUUAAAGUAUGUGACUUUGUUAUAAAUUAAUAGUUAAAUUCUUGUACCAUCAUGUGAAUUUUAAAGUAUUUUCUAUUGAGAAAAUAAUCCUGGCUCAUCCAGCUCAGGGAGAUUUUGGGAAAAUUUUUAAAGGAUUAUUCAUAUAGAUGGGUUUAAAUAUGAAAAACAGUACUCAAAGCCAUGUUUUGUUUUGGUUUUUUACAUUUCUUCAUAAAAUAUGUAUUUAAGGCAC